UUUGGGGGCUUCGAUUGUGAAAGGAGAUACCGUCCCUAGACAUUAACCCCCGAAAGGCUUGAAUGAAAAACUUUCACCACAUUCUCCCCGGUCGCUCGGCCGCGGUUGGGGAGCGUCUGCAGACUUUCGCCAGCCUUCUGAGAACGCCUGGCCUUCUUUGCUCCUGUCCCCUCGUUGCGUUUUCGUGUCUCGCCCCUCGGCGCUUUGUGUCUCGCCCCUCGGCGCUUUGUGUCUCGCCCCUGCGACACUCAAAAGUCUCCUUGUGUCAGACUGACAGACGCCAUCCCUACGUUUCUUCUUCGUUUCCUUUUCCGUUUUUCUCCUGGCACCUCUCUCCACGUGCCUCGAGACUCUCUGCACCCACGGAGGUGUGUGUGUCUCGCCGCGCGUCCAAAAGCGUCUGAAGAAGCCUUCCUUUUUCGCGCCUUCCACGUCACUCGAUUCCGGUGGCCCAGCACCGCCGACGCGAGUUUCGCGUCCUCUUUAGAGUUCUUUUCCAGGGAUUUCCUUGAAGGUAACUCACUCCAUAUCCAAGUCCCCACCAUGGUGACGGCUCGCCAGUCCCGUCCGCUUCCUCCUCCCAGGAGCCGUCCUCCUCCGCGAAGACCCUCUCGGCUUCUCUGCUCCCUCGCGGCCAUCGCUGUUCUCGCCUGCCUCAUGUCUUUCUCUCCUUCUUUGCACCUCUCUCCUGUCCGCCUGUCUUCUUUUUAUCCGUCUCCGUUUGCACACAUGCCGUCCGUGGUUCCGGUCCAUGCAGGGUGACGGAGGCAGCUGCACAUCACGCAGCCGACAGGCUCCGCAGAUCGCCUGGGUUUGGUGCUGCGUUUCGGCAGAGACGCGGCCUCUUUUUUCUCGAGAAAAGCUGGAAAUUUCGCUCGUGAACGACCUGCCGUCUUCGCCUUGACCGCGGCGGGCGUCGGCCUGGGGCUCUGGGCGAGCGCGAAGGCGAGACGCGACGGCCUCGUCUUCUCGCAGAACCCCCACGAGUCUCUCUUCCCGCCCCCAGAAGCCUACAUGAAAACGACCUUCCUCAGUCGAGUUGCGAAACUUCGUCGACAAGGAGAACCGUUCCUCUUUCCUGGGGAAGCACCUGGGGAUUCAGAGAACUUCGUCGAAGACGAUGGCACAGACGAGACAAGGGAGAGAGCGAACACGGGAGAAGUCGGGGAAACUGGAGAAGGCGAGGAGAUCCAAACUGCACGCGCGAAUUCGGGCAUGGGCAUCCCGUCGAUUUCGGCGUUUUUCGAGGAGCUUCUGCCUCCUGAAAUCUUCCCCACCUUCUCCAAAUCCUGCAAAGGAGGCUAUUCCCUGCGAGUAGUCCGUUCGCCUCUUAUUCCUCUCGGACGAGGCGCGAGUGCCUUUCGCCAGGCUUCGCGUCUCCUCCACGACUUCGACCCCACAGUUUUCACAGAAAACGGAGACACCACGGGACAGGGCACGGCGCGAGGAGACAAUCAGAGACACGCAAAGUGGAGACAAGAAAAACACAGACAAGAAAAGCAGAGAGAAGAAGACACAUGGAGAGAAGGCAAAUGGGGUCAGGGAGAGAAGGAACGAGCUGGAAUGAAGCGAGAGAAGGGCAGCGUCCAGUUCGUGGUUUCGAACUCGAGAGACUUGGAUCAAAACGAGGGAGGAGACGGCACAGUCUCCGCGAGGUGCUCUCGAGGAGACAGCGAGACCUUUCGUGUGGGGUCUCCCGCCGCGCUUCUGCUUCGCCACCUGCCUUUCCGAUGGCGACUGCUGCCGCUGACGGUCGCGGCGCGGGAGAUGAACUCCCCCGUCGCUCUGUCUGGAGCCCCAGAGCGCCCCCUUUGCACGCAGUUCGGAACGGAAGAGAACGAGGUCAUGCCGCAGACGCCCGGGACGAAAAGGUUCCGCGCUUGCGUUCAAAGAAAUGUGAAGCAGAGGGAGAGUGCGGUAAAGGAGAAGGACAACGAGAAGGAAGAGACAAAGACGGAGAGGGAAGAGAGGGAGAAGCACGGUCCGAAAGCUCUGCACAGAGGAGUCGUCAGAUGCAGUUCCCUCUGGUUUGCUGUUGCCCGCAGUCCAGUCUCUUCCUCUUACAGCGGAUUCCUGGUCUUCCGGCUUUUCUUCCUUCCCCCGUCUUCGCCUCCUGGAUUCUCUUCGAGUUCGAGGGAAGGCGAAGUUCUUCUGGAAGUCUUGGCUGUGCACAGAGGCGAACACGGAGAGACUUUGCCAUUCUCGGCGGAGCUUCCCGGCCUCCUCGCCAGCCGCCUCGGCUUCGAACUCCGCAGGCAGCUGAAGGCGAGGCUUCAGCGAGUGCGAGCGCUGGAAGAAGCGCCCGAGCGAAAAAGAGAAGAGGCGCAGAACGAGGAAGGCAGCGAGUACAGAGAAGAGAAAGAAGGAGACGCCAAACCCAGAGAAGACGAGAGCGACGAUCUGAUGCAAGACGCUUCGUACGAGGUGUGGCAGAGAGACGAAAGCGGAGACGCGCAGUCUUCGCCUUCCUAUCUGUCUAGGAGUGACGAAGGCCGAGGAACAAAGGAGUCUGCGACUUCGCCGCCGCCUGCCAUACGAAGCACGGGGCCUCGACCAAGCGUGGACAGCAGACCUGGCAGAACGAGGAAGUCCUUCCUCAACAGCUGGAGAAGACGCUUCUGGAGUUUUCAGUGGUCACGACAGGCUGCGGCGAGAAAUAACUUCUCUAAGCUGUCGCGCGCCAGAUCUCACUGGAGACCAAAGCCGCCUGCGCCAGGCGGCUGACGCUAGAGCGCCGCUGUUCUUUCACAUGCACUUCGCUGCAGAGGACCAAGACUGAGACCAGACAAGCGGAGUUCCAACGUGGAAGUCUCUGCCCUCUGAACGGCGUUUGCCGUGAGGAGGUCGGAGAGACAGUUGCAGCGCCCUAGAGGGCGAGCCGAGAACGGAAGAGUUUCAGGAAAUCCGAGACCGCGGAGCUGGGGAAAAGGACCGUCAACUCUCGAACUGACGCCCGAAGGACGCUGUCUCAGUGGGGCGUCCGGGGCACUGUUGGAGAGGUCGCAGAUCAAGGCGUAACCGGGCGACGCGGAUCGGUGGGGACGUCGGAGGUGACGAACAAGGAGUUCGCGAGUAGGAAGAAGACCAUCGCGCUUGAACUGGAGACAGAGCAGACGGGAACUUGGAAAAAGCAAAGGACAUCCCUACGUGUGCCAUCUGUCAGAGCGAGUGACGGGCGCUGCGUGAAUCUCUACGGAGAGGGCGGCGCCUCGAAGAGCUCUCGAGGAGCGCGUCGGUGUCUCUGUCAUGCGGAGACAGUGUGUCGUUUCUAUGUGUCUCUACCUGUCUCUGAUCCCUCAACUCGCCGAGGGACGUUUUUCUGGAAUCAACGUGCGCCUUUCUUUGGAAGACGGAGGAGAAACUCUGUGCAGAGAAACGCUUGAAAAGCCGA